AUGCUGGGAAACGAGGUGUGCAGCGUCUGUGGGGACAAGGCCUCCGGCUUCCACUACAACGUUUUGAGCUGUGAGGGCUGCAAGGGCUUUUUCCGGCGCAGCGUGAUCAAGAGCGCCCAGUACUCCUGUAAGAACAGCGGCCGCUGCGAGAUGGACAUGUACAUGCGCCGCAAGUGCCAGCAGUGCCGGCUGCGCAAGUGCCGGGAGGCCGGGAUGCUGGAGCAGUGUGAGUUUACCCGAAUCCAAGAUGGAGGACGCCUCCGCUCUCCUCCCUCUGAGCUGGAUUCCGAGCAAAUCCGGCUGAAGAAGAUGAAGAAGCAGGAGGAGGAAACGGCCCGCACCUCCGCCGUGGUCACCCCCACCCCCCCGCAGGAGGCCGCGACCCUUGACCCCCAGCAGCAGGAGAUGAUCGAGAAGCUGCCGUGGCCGCAGAGCCAGGACCCGCAGAACCGGGAGGUGCGGCAGCAGCGCUUCGCCCACUUCACCGAGCUCGCCAUCAUGUCGGUUCAGGAGAUCGUGGACUUCGCUAAACAGCUGCCGGGUUUCCUGGAGCUCACCAGAGAGGAUCAGAUCGCCCUGUUGAAAACGUCUACCAUCGAGAUUAUGCUCCUGGAGACGUCCCGGCGGUACAACCCCACCAUCGACAGCAUCACGUUCCUGAAGGAUUUCAGCUACAAUAAGGAGGAUUUCGCCAAAGCAGGGCUUCAGUUUGAGUUCAUAAACCCCAUCUUUGAGUUUUCCAAAGGAAUGAACGACCUGCAUCUUGACGAGGCUGAAUACGCUCUGCUCAUUGCUAUCAACAUCUUCUCUGCA